GUCAGUGUGUGCGUGCAGAAGAAGACGACUUUUACCAGGGUGCUGUGGCGAGCGAGCGUAUGUGGAUAACAUUGAAGACACCCAAAUUCGCUUUCAGUUACUGACAACUAAACAAACACAAGAGGAAUUUUUUUAAAGGAGCAGUGUUACCAUUUCAAGAGUCCAUGGCAGGAACAAUUGAUCAGGCCAGAAUGAAGUUUUCGAACAUAGUAAACAGUCGCUCGUAUACCCGGUUCAAUCAAUCUCAGAAUCCUGAUGGAGAAAGCAGCCGCGUGGAGGUGAAGCUUGCUGCAGAUGGUGAAGAGGAAAUGGAUGGAACAGAACUAGGACCCGUGCAACAUGACACGUACACAAGAUCCAGUCAUUCUAUGCCAUGGAACAGGUGGAGGAUUCUGGUUUGGGUGUGUGGGGUGCUGGUCAUCUUUUGUGUAGGUUUACUCAUCGGAUAUUCUGUCCACCAUAAGUCUGAGUCGGCUCCCUGCCCUACAGCAGUUUCAGCUAUUCAAGAAGUUCCUCUGAAUUAUCCACCAUCUUUGGAUUGGAGUGACCUUGUUACACUUCUGAAUGAUAAACUGUCAUCUAAAGCCAUUGAAGAGAAAUUAGGGGAGCUUUCCCAGAGUGACCGUAAGGCAGGAUCAUUUCUAGAUAACAAGCUAGCUGAUAAUAUCCAUGAUAAUUUCACGCAACUGAAUAUGGACCCCUGGGUUGAUGAACACUUUGUGAAGCUACAGUUUCCUGACAGGUCCAAACCAAACAAAGUGUUAUUUGGGUCAACGAAUAUCGGAAGUCCAAAUGGGUUCCUGGCUUACAGUGAAACAGGACGUAAAGAGGGCAGAGUGGUGUACGCCAAUUAUGGUCAGCUUUCUGACUUGGAGACUGUGAAGAAUGGAACAUACAGACUGAGUCUAAAUGGAUCUGUUGUACUGAUGAGAGCUGGAAAAAUCAGCAUGGCACAGAAGGUUAUGAAUGCGGCUAAAAUGGGUGCCAUAGCAGCUCUGAUCUACCCAGACCCAGCUGACUAUAGAAACAUAUCUAAGAAUACUGAUCUCUAUGGUCAUGUCCAUCUGGGAUCAGGUGACCCUUACACCCCAGGAUUCCCAUCUUUUAAUCACACACAGUUUCCUCCUGCCAAGUCCUCUGGUCUUCCAGGGAUACUCGCCCAAACCAUCACUGCUAACAUGGCACAAGCAAUCUUUGAAAAAAUGGGAGGAGAUGAUGCCCCUGAUAGAUUUAAGGGUGACUUCCCCAGUUACAAGUUGGGAAGAGAGGGUGACAACGUAACCGUAGUAGUCAAUAAUAAUCUUGCCGACACCAAGAUCCAUAAUGUGUUUGGAGUCAUCAAAGGAUACGUCGACCCUGAUCGUUAUGUUGUGAUUGGAGCGCAGAGGGACUCCUUGAGCCUGGGAUAUGCCAAGUCUACAGUUGGCACUACUCUUCUGCUGGAGCUUGCGAGGGUUUUCACAGAGUUGAAGAAAUCUGGUUUCAGACCCAAAAGAAGCAUUGUGUUUGCCAGCUGGACUGCAGGGGAUUUUGGUAACGUCGGAGUUACUGAAUGGCUUGAGGGAUACUGGGCAUCACUGGACAGAAAAGCUUUUACUUACAUCAGUUUGGAUGGUGUUGUUACUGGUGCGGGUUCCUUUAGAGCUUCUGCUAGUCCUUUGUUGCACACCCUUCUGCAGAAGACCCUGGGAAAGGUCAAAAGCCCUGGUUCAAAAUUAAGCCUUCUACAGAGUUAUGGUGGUGGUCUUCCACCACUCCUGAAAACCAUGCAGAUGGAUGAUGGUGCAUAUCCUUUUCUGGCCAUGUCUGGAAUCCCAUCUGUGUCUUUUAGUUUUGUCUCUCCUCCGGCCUCUGCUGAAGAGUAUUUUGGACCAAUUCUGGAUGAUAAAGCUCCUCUAGACAACGUCACCAAUCAGAAAGUGGUUGAGUUGUCAGUGCUUGCUGCUCAGGUUGCUGGGCAAAUGGCCCUCCGGCUCGUCCAUGACCACAUCCUUAGACUAGAUGUUACCAAGUACUCCGAUGUCAUCACAAACCAUGUGAACGCCAUCAUCCAGCACGUUGACGCUCUCAAAAAUAACAACGUCAUUAAAACUGAGUCUUUGUCAACGAAGUGGCUGAAUGCUGCAAAGAGCUCCUACAGUCGUGCCGCAGCCUCCCUAAAUACUGACAUAGGGAAUACCGACCUGAAUGAUAUGGAGAUGUGUCGCAUAAUCAAUAACCGCAUAAUGAAGGUGGAGCAAAAUUUUCUCUCUCCUUACGUCUCUUUGAGAGAUGCCCCAUUCCGCCACAUUUUCCUUGGUGAUGGGUGGCAAACCACCACAGACCUGGAAAAGUACUUGGGUGAUGUACAUGAAAAUAAGAUAAGCUUCGACAUAGAUCAGGUCCUAAACAAGUUUGCUCUACUCACCUGGACCAUCCAGGGCUGUGCCAAUGACCUGGCUGGAGAUAUCUGGUCCUUGGAUAACGAGAUAUAGUGUUUUUCACUGUUGCGUCAACCAACUUGUCAUCGGUUUUGCUUGAAAAUGUUUCUAGAUACACAAAUAUAAUCCUGUCACUAUGCUAUCUGAAUUUAGUUGGAACAAUGAAUUUUGACCAAGCAUAUCUUCAAAUUUUCUGAUAUGACAGCUUUAAAUUAAGUUCUUUAAUCAUAUUUAGAACUAACUAACUCUGGAAAUAGUUUUAAGGUGCAUGUCAGGUUAAAUUUGUAAUUUCUGAUUUCGUCUUGAAGAUGUUUUUCUAAUCCAUGACUCCGUUAUCAAUUUGCACAUGUACGUACUGAGUAAAUCUUGUCCUCGGCCACUACUUGGGACUUUUAGUCCCUUUCGCACUUCGUGUCAAACCCCAACUCAGCCUCUGUGACCAAAUGAGGACCAUAAUAUAUUUAUUUCUUAUUUAUUUAUCAGUGACAGUGAUCACUAUAAAAGUGUCUUUUUUUUUAAUUAUCGGAAGCAGUGACUUCCAUAAUUGUGACGGUUAUACUGUCAGUUCUUAAAAGCAGCAUCUGCUAAAAGAAAUGUUACCAACAGCUUGCAUUAGAAAUGUCUCUUGUUACAGGUGCUCGAGGAAGUAAGCGCUAAAGCACCUGUUUUAUUACAGAGCAGUUCCACUUCUUUUUGAAAUAAAGCCCUAAAUUGGCAAAAUUGAAACCAGAAUGUCAAGCCAUUUAACAGUAUGUGCUGUGGAGUGGAGAUUUUGAAUGAUGGUUUUACAGAUCUCCUUGUAUUAAAGUAUCUUUUUUGUUCUUGUUGAUCUGAAACAGUGUAAAAAAUUGGCAAGCCUAGUUUCCAUUUUGACCAAAUUCGUGGACUCAAGCAUUUUUGUGACAACAGCAUUUCUCUGUAACAUUUAUAUUUCUAUUCUAAAUCCAUUAUCGGGAGCAGUGUCUUCCAUAAUGUGGCGUGUUCGUAGGUAGUUUUUGCCUACCGGCGUGUAUAUAUCGAGGACAGUGAUCCUCAUAUUUCACUGUAGGGUGGAUCAAAUUAUCGGGUACAGUGUUUCCCAUAGUUUAUGUAAAUAUUUUUCAUUAUCCUGUUUUUGUGUGGCUUUUUUCCUGCUCUGUUACUAUUAAUAACUGUAAUCUGGAUAACUGUUGAAGAUGAUUGUUACAUCUAGUCAUGUUUUGUUUUUCAUUUUCAGUUUCUUUCAAUGUUUCAGUGGGUUCUUGUUUCAGAUUUCACUUUUCUGGCCUGUUUCUGUUUACAAAAAAUUAAUAUUGUAAUUUUUAGAGUGGCUCUUUCAGAUGUUUGAUUUUUGGUUGCUUAUUUCUGUAUCUGUUCUUUUUUUUCUAUAAGGCAGGCGUUAGAAAAGAGGAUUUGGUUGUUUUGCAUAAUGAUUAGGAUAUGGUCUAUGACUGAUUAGCUUACUGCUGAUUUUACAUAAUGGUUUCAUGUUUGAACGCACUUCAGAGAAAGGUUUUGGUGGACAGAUUUUUCAAGUGUGUGUUGCAUACUAGUCUGCGACUCUUGUCUUUUUUUCCUCAUUGUGGCACUUAGCAGAAAGUUACAGAAUAUGUGUUUGAUCUUUAAUAGCAUGUAGAAAUGUGCAUGAAAUAAAUCUAAACAUCAGAGAUUGUCAAAACAGCAAAGUAUCCGUUUCAAGCUGAAUGUGAUGGCUAAAUAAAGUUACUAGAUAUCAACUUAUGAAUUAAAAUUUACUUCUAGUCAAGCAGUGUUUGAUUUACCAAAUUCAAAUGAAUCAAAAUAAAUAGCACAGAAAAUUGAUCAUUCAAAUAUGUCUAGAUGUGUUGGUGUUACAACCUUUUUGAUUGCUAUUGAUUGUUAAAACUGAUGUUUUUAUCCAAUAUCUGUCAACCUUCGCUCUGUAAUAAACUCUGUCGUUGAAAGA